CUGGGCUGGUCUUCGAGACACUCUUAUGCUGUGGCACAUAUAUGAACGAGACCCGCUGCCACAACGCCAAUGUCUGGGUCCAGCUUUCCAGCCCUGAAGUCCUUCCCAAAGACCGACCUUAGGACCAAGGAGACCAUUGUGGUUGUGUGCUGGCUCGACGCCUCUCUCUCAAGAUGGAGAUGAACUAUGAUGAAAAUACGCUCCACCAGCUGGAGGAUGAGCUCCAUACUCAUAUAUACCCGGGGACUGAGAUCAUGAGUGACGUUGGGUCUCAUCAUUUUGUCAAGUCGUCGGACAGAUCUCAUCGCGUUCUGGUGCCUCAGCCAUCAGCAGACAAACAUGAUCCUCUUAAUUGGACUCGCUUCUGGAAAUUCUCGAGCGUCUCCAUGGUGAUCGCCGCCACGUUCGCACAGGGAUUUGGUCCUCUCGCUCUGGCGCCCAUGUUCCCGAAUCUGAUCGAAGCGUUCAACACGGAUCUUGCAGGAGCCGUACAGUUCACGGGUGUUUGUAUUCUCGUCUUGGGCUUCAGCAAUUUUCUCUGGGUGCCCAUCCAAACAUCCUUUGGUCGCCGACCUGUCCUCAUUUUCUCGACCCUGAUCUGCCUCGUCUCGAACAUCUGGAGAGCCGUCGCCAAAGAUUACCGCAGCUUCAUGGGUGCUUGUGUUCUGAACGGGAUCGGUGCUGGACCUUCAGAGACUGCUGCCCCCACUGUCAUUGCUGACGUGCUAUUUCUGCACGAACGAGGCGCAUACAACACUCUUUAUUUCACCGUCUAUUUCGGCAGCUUAAUGAUUGGUCCUAUCAUCUCGGGGUCGAUGGCGGAAUAUAGCAACUGGAGAAACUUCUGGUGGCUCAACGUUGCUCUUAACACAGCUGCUCUUGUCGGUCUCUUUUUCCUGUUUCCGGAAACCAAAUGGCAUCGCCAGCACCCGAAGGAAAUGGCCACGCAGGAGCAGGAGCAGAAGCAAGCCACCUUCGACGAGAAGAUGACCUCCGAAGCCAUUGAGGAUCCCGAGAAGAAUGUCGUGACCGUGGAGCCCACCGCGGUCGACUUGACGGUCGCUGCCACGGCUGAGCGCGAUCCGUUCUUGCACUCCGGGACACCAUCCAAGCAACAGUUCAAGCUGUGGCAAAAUAACGCGCAUCCAUUCCAGGCCAUCCUGAUGGACCUUUGGAUUCCGUGGAAACUUCACCUCUACCCGAUCAUUGAGUUCUCAGCGUUUGUCGUGUCGUGGUCGGCGUCGUCAUUCUUGACCAUCAACCUGACACAGUCACAAAACUUUGCAGCACCGCCUUACAACUUCCCACCGCAGAGCGUCGGAUACACCAACUUCGCCGUCCUCGCCGGGGCAUUGAUCGGCCUGUUGACCAACGGCCCACUUAGCGACUGGAUCGCGGCCCGGGCGACGAGGAGGAACAAAGGCAUUCGAGAGCCCGAGAUGAGAUUGCCGGCCAUGAUCCCGUAUGUGAUUGUCAUGCUCAUCAACAACUUUGUCGUGGCGUUCGGGUAUGAGUACAAGUGGGAUUGGCGAAUCAUCGUGAUAAUUGGCUAUACGUGUGCCGGCAUCCAAGUCGCUGCCAUCCCGGCCAUCGCCUCGACCUACAGCGUCGACUCGUACAAGCCGGUCGCAGGCUCCAUCUUCGUCGCCAUCACCGUGAACAAAAACGUCUGGGGGUACGGCUUCAGCAAGUUCAUUACUCCGUGGAUCAUCGCCGAUGGGUACCUCCCGCCCAUCAUGUUGAAUAUGAGCCUGAUCUUCUUGUGGUGCUCGUUUGGGAUCGUGUUCUACUUCUAUGGGAAGACGUUCAGGAAGUGGACCAGCAACAGCUCGGUUCACAAUAUGUGA